AUGAAGAUUGAGAAAGUUUCUAUUUGGUCUCCAUUGCCAUCUACACUUAGAGCAAGUCCAGUUCAUCUUUCAAGUCAUCCGGAUGGAACAAAAAUUGCAUAUGCGUCCAACAAGUCUAUUUAUUUAAGAAAUAUUGAAUAUCCAAUUGAAACAAUUCAAUAUGGAGGGCACAAGGCACAAACGACGGUGGCAAAAUUUAGUCCCUCAGGAAAUUAUGUAGCAUCAGGUGAUUUUCAGGGAAAUGUACGUGUAUGGGAUUGUAUUGGAGAGGAAAAUAUUCUUAAACUGGAAAAAAAAGUUAUUAGUGGUCGUAUUAAUGAUUUAACAUGGGAUGGAGAAAGCAAACGAAUCAUUGCAGUGGGAGAUGGACAUGAAAGAUUUGGGCAUGCAUUUACAUUUGAUACGGGAAAUUCCAUUGGAGAAAUUUCAGGUCACUCAGAAAUAGCCAAUGCAGCAGCUAUACGAAAACAAAGGCCAUAUAGGGCAGUAACGGUUUCGGAUGACACAUCUGUUGUAUUUUAUCAUGGACCACCUUUUUUUUAUAAUAGUAUCUCUCGUUAUCAUAAAAAAUACGUUCAUGAUGUUGCUUUUUCUCCAUGUGGUAAUUUCUUUUGCACAGUUGGAGGAGAUUCAAAAAUUAUUAUUUAUGAUGGAAAAAGUGGGAUAAUGAUCAAUGAAUUUUCUAAUAAAGAGGGACAUAAAGGGAGUAUUUUUUCUUUAUCGUGGAGUCCAGAUUCAAAAUAUUUGCUUACAUCAUCUGCUGACCAUACAUGUAAAGUUUGGGACGUAGAAACUCAAAAACCAACAGAAACAUGGGUAUUUUCAGAAGUAGUUUCAGUUCCUGAUCAACAAGUUGGAAAUGUUUGGACUUCUUUGAAUAAAAUUAUAUCAUUAUCAUUUAGUGGUGAUCUAAAUUAUUUAUCUCGAUCACAAAAAGAUCCCAUACGAAUAAUUCAGGGCCAUCAAAAAUCAAUUACAGCAAGUAGCUUAUCGGAAGAUAGGUCUACAUUUUUUACAGCCUCUUAUGAUGGACUUAUAUGUGGUUGGGAUGUAAAAACAGGAUUUGCAAAAUCUUUAAAAGAUGGACCAAGUCAUACAAAUCAAGUAAUUCAAAUUCUUCCUUGCAAUAAUAAGAUGCUUUCAAUUGGAAUGGAUGAUACUUUACGGACUCUUGAUACUAAACUUUUGAUUUAUGAAGGGGACCCUAUAUAUUUUAAUAAUCUUCCUAAGGGAUUAGCUUCUGUUAAAAAAGAUCAGGAUUAUAAAAUUAUCAUCACGGUUUCAAACAUACAAGUAUAUCAAAAUAAUAAAAAAAUCAUAUUACAUGAUACUCUUUUUCAACCCAAUUCUAUUGAUAGAAACAAAACUAAUAAUGAAUUUUCCAUUGGAACAGAGGAAGGUGAUAUUUACAUUUUUGAAUUUAAGAUAGAUCAAAAAAAAAUUAUAGAAAUAGGAAAGAUAACGGUUAAUCGUUUUUCGAUUACAGCUCUAGCAUAUUCUCCAAAUGGGAAAUAUUUAGCUGCUGGUGAUGGAUCAGGAAAAAUUAUUCUUUAUGAUGCAAAAACAAGAGAAAUUGUAACUAAUCGAUGGGUAUUUCAUGUAGGUAAAAUCACCGCUAUUUCUUGGAAUUCAGAAAGUACAUAUAUAUGUUCAGUUUCCCUUGACACACAUCUUUAUAUUUAUUCAGUAUUUAAUCCUGAUCGGCAUCUUGUAAUCAAAAAUGCACAUCUUGGAGGUGCGUCAGGAGCUAUAUGGCUUUCUAAUAAUGAAAUAUUGACUACAGGUGCUGAUGCAUCUGUUAAACGAUGGAAAGUUGUCUUAGACUCAUGA